AUGGGGGGCCCGCGCUGUUCCCCGCUACUGCUACUCCUGCUGCUGCCGCCGCUGCUCACGCCGCCCGCCGGGGAUGCCGCGGUCAUCACCGGGGCUUGCGACAAAGACUCACAGUGUGGAGGAGGCAUGUGCUGUGCUGUCAGUAUCUGGGUUAAGAGCAUAAGGAUCUGCACACCCAUGGGCCAAGUGGGAGACAGCUGCCACCCCCUGACUCGGAAACGCCAUGUUGCAAAUGGAAGGCAGGAAAGAAGAAGGGCGAAGAGAAGAAAAAAGAAAAAGGAGGUUCCAUUUUGGGGGCGGAGAAUGCACCACACUUGUCCCUGCCUGCCAGGCUUGGCGUGUUUACGGACCUCUUUCAACCGGUUUAUCUGUUUGGCCCGGAAGUGA